AUGAACGACCAGCCAUCGCCUCUAGGCCGAAACAACGACGACCGGUCGUCUUCACCUAAGCGAAAGAAGGCACGGCAGAAGUACGCGCCAAAAGCCUGUAUGUCGCGUUCAUCACCCUUCUGUACCGCCCAUGUUUGUUGCUUGAGACCGUUCCGAUCAUUCCGCAGCGGUUGCUUGCGCGCAAUGCGGCACUCAUGGCAACACAGAUUCAAAGCAGGCUUCCUCAUGGCUAACGCAUGGCUCCGCAGGCGUGUCGUGCAGACGGUCGAAGCUCAAGGUAGGCCUCGUCCUCGACUGGCGGUGCUUGCUGCAUGCUGCAUGCUGCACGUGAUGCUGAUGCUGAUGCUGAUGCUGAUGCUGAUGCCGCGCAGUGCUCCGGCGACAACCCCUGCCAGCGAUGUCGAGACAACGGCAAGCGCUGCUUCUACUCGGAGGACCAGACGGCCGCCGAGGCCCUGCAGAACCUCAGCCGCCCCUCGCUGUCACAGCAGCCUCCGACCUCAACCUCACCCAGCAAUGGCAUCGGCCUUGCACAGCGAAGCAUCAUGCCACGGAACCAAGUUGCCGAGCGGAAGUCCAGCGACGCCAGUGCCCUGGGGCUCUCCAUGGAAGCACGCAUGGCGCGUGUCGAAGCCAUGAUGGAGGCCUUUUUACAGGACCGCGCCACGACGGCGACGCCCAAUGCAAGCAUGGAGCGCGCUGAAUCUGCCAGCGACUUGGCCAUGUCCAUGUCUUCUAUGUCUCUACCAAUCCUCGACGCUAUCAAUCCAGCUCUAACGCUCCUGGGUCAGCCACCACAGACUGCGUAUGUCCACCCAAGUUCAACUUCCGCCAUAGAUCCACUGCUAGGCGCCGACAUAACCACCCUACGCCUAGGCAGUCGGACACUGGUCUUUCCCACCCCCACCGCCUACCAACGAUAUGUCGACAGCUUUUUUCGUGAGCUCCAGUGCUUCCAUCCUUGCGUUGACGAGCAAGUCUUCCGACUUCGCAGCGAGAACGUGCUGGCAAAAACGGAGGUGCACCAGGACGAUGUGUGCUUCCUGGCAUUGAACUACAUCAUCUUCGCGUGGCAUGACGCCUCAACCGAAACAACAGGACCGAGUCACGUCAACAAGCCCGCAGGUUGGCACUGGCUUCAGCUUGCGGAUGAUGUAGUGGGUAGUAGACAGCUCUACGGACAGGGCGACGUCAGUCUUGCCCAGUUCCUGGUCUUCAAGGCUCUAUACUGCGCCCUGAUCGAUCAACCCAGUCUCGCCUACAACACCACGGGUCUCGCCAGUCGCUACGUGCUUCAGCAAGGCCUGAACCGCCAGUCUUCCUACACUACAUCUGGUGUGUUGGAGACGUACGAGCGUCUGCGCGUAUUCUGGACUGUCUUGAUCGUUGAUCGCCGCAUAUCCCUGUCGUGCGGUCGUCCUUAUACAAUACGAGAUAUUGACAUCGACGUAGAGCGACCGAGCGACAUGUAUCACCAGGGCGUUCUUUCUGAUGUGUAUAUCUCAGAUGCACGUGCCAAGCUUGACGAGAGCGACAGCGCAAAUGCCUAUCUGGAUUGUAUGAUCCAUUGGUCUCGGUUUGCUGGCUCCCUUUGGGACAAUCUCCUCGCAGCCCACGUGCUCACUGAUACAUUCACCGACAAAGUUGCUACUUUCGAUGCAGCUAUCGCUGACUUCUUCGCCAACACUUUCCCAAACUUGGCAAAGAAGAUUAACCCAUUAUGCCGUCAUCAAUACAUCCGUAUGAGCUUCGACAACCUUCGGUUCAUGACCAGACGUGCGAAAAUGAUGUCUCUACAGUUUGAUGGCGCCACCGCUGGGAUCUGCAGCAAUCUAGCAGUCGAUACGCUUGCACAUGUACGAGCAUACGAGUCCAACACAAACCACCCAUCUGUUCUUCGACAUUACAUGAUUCCCUCGCUAGCAAGCAGUCUUCUCAUGCUGUGUAGUCUUCUUGUCAGCGACCUAAGCUUACUCGGUCUUGAUUUGGAUUAUCGGGUCCCAAUCUAUCAUCAGACAUUCGAUUCAGCUCUUGGUCUACUACAUGCUCUAGCACAGAACACCUUACUCGCUCGACGCGUGCUUGUAGAUCUUGAGGGAGUCGUCCCAAUUGUAGAAGCUGCGCUCGCGAGAUGGUCGAGCGAGUUUUCACUCCUGCAGAGUCCACCGAACUGGGAUCUUGUGAAGGAUGUAAUUCCGCCCGACGUCGCUGAGCUGUUCCCUUACCAAGAACAGGUCCCCGUCAUUCACAACAGACUGUGGGCCGAGAAUGCGGGUUUUUUGGAGGCCGAUCAUAGGUCUUCGGUCUACGUUGGUGGUCUGGACCUAGGCGGUUCAAGAUGCAGCGUCUUCUGGAUAUAG